AUGACCUCCCUUCCCGUCGCCCUUGAUGCUUCGGCCCUCCAGACCUCCUCAAAGAUCCUUCAAAUCAUCGACCGGUAUCGUAUGGUCAGCUCGCCGAGCAUCGACCGGGCAGAUGAAUCGGCACUGAAAUUCAUUGCCCUCACUUACACCCACGUCAAGGCUGGACGGGCGGUCCCUAUGUGCCUACCGGCAUUCCCAUUCAAGUCUCCCAACUCUGUCGGCAAAGUUCUGGGAAACCUCCCUGACAAGGCAGAGGAGUUUGCACUCGCUCGAUUGAAUGGUCUUUGCCAGGCAAUUGGCGACGUGUAUCCCCCUGGCGCAAAACUGACAAUCAUUUCCGAUGGACUCGUGUACAAUGAUUUGCUCGGUGUGCCUGAUAAAGAUGUCUGGGCCUACGGCGAGACUCUCCGAGAGCUCGCCAUCGACAAGGGCUUCAAGAACAUUUCCUUUUCACGACUCCGGGAUCUCGUCAACAUUGAACUGCCCAAUGAGUUCAACGAGAUGACAUACGUCGCAAACGCAUCCAACUUCCGCCGUGCCUUGCUCAACAGCUUUUCCCGGCCCGACUGGAGCUGGGAGGAAGCCCGCCAAAGCGAGGACGUGUGCAUGACUUACCGCGGCUACAUCAAGUUUCUCCAGCUCGAUCUGGAGAAUGUCUACCCCCUAAAGGAGGACCGCACAAAGUCCAAGUACAAGAAGGGCAUUGAGUACAUUGCCAGACAAAUGAUGGCACGAGGAGAUGCAUUUGCCAAUGCAGUCCGAACAAAGUACAUCGACCAUAUCCGCUUGUCCAUCCAUCCAUCCACGGGCGCAGCUAAGCUAUCUCUCAACCUCCUACCGACCGAUACAUACUACACAACCCCGUGGCACUCGGCCAUUGUCUUCAGACUCGAUGGCACUACCACCACAGGUCCGCGAGCCGAGUUUGAAAAAGAUGACAAGCUUGAGCUGGUGUACGAGAACGGCCGCCCAAGUUACUUCCGUGAGAAGUCCGAUCUCUAUUCCUGGGCCGAAGAAAAGGGCGGCAUUAUUUGCGAGCCCAUCUACCCAGCCGGAUUGAUGAUCCGACCCGCCAAGGGCCGUGGAGCUCUGACGAUGAACGACAUUGACUCCAAGAAGGUCCGCGCUCUAUCAGAGAUCAACUCUCCCAUCAUCCUGCGUGACUUUGUGAAGAAGCCCGAGAAGGAGGCCUUCAUCAAGAAGGCGUAUGAGUUUGGCGAGCCCCUUCCCUGGAAGUUCGGUCUCCUGCUUGAGGUCAAGGACCGGGGUGCGGAUACUCGCGGUCUGAACAAUGUGCUCUCAGCCGAAUGGAUGCCGUUCCACUACGAUGGCCUAUUCAAGACGGUCAAGAAGAUCGACGAGGUGACCAAGGAAGAGGUUUUGGUCUCAACGCCUCCUCAGUUCCAAUUCUUCCACACUCCCACAAAGUCUCCUUCUGAUACCGGAUUCACCCUCUUUUCAUCGUCCACUUUGCUGUUCAAGUACCUCCCAUCUUGGCUUACAGUCGAAAAGUUGUCCAAAAUGACUUGGACUGUGUCAACUUCAUCUUUCGAUGCGACCAAGUUGAAGGGUCUCCCAUUGGUCGCCAACCACCCGACAACCGGAGUGCCAUGCUUGCGGUAUCACGAGCCGUGGCCUCAAAGCAAGACUAGCUUUGACGCCACGAGCGUGACGAUUGACGACAACGAAGACAGCGAGAUGAUUUGCGACGCAAUCACUGAGCUUCUGCACGAUCGCCGAAUCGCCUUUUACCACGUCUGGGAUAAGGGUGAUCUCUUGGUGAACGACAACAUCCUGAUGAUGCACACGCGCAGUGACUUUACGGCAGGAAGCGAUCGGGAGCUCUGGCGUAUUCACUUUGACUAG